AUGGGGAAUGCGCUAUGCUGUCUGCAAGACUCCUCAUCUGCUGCACGAAGCAAAGAGGUGAUGUACGAUGUAAGGCAACAGGCUAAUCACGAAUAUGUGAAUCAGACAUUUCCGAGAGAGGACACUUCAACCAAUUUUCUUCCUCAUAUUAGUGAAAGGGAGCUGCCUGACGAGAUUGGUGAAGACCCAUCAACGCAGCCGAUGGUUAAACCAAUAUUUAUGGAACGAAGCCGAAGUGAAAUGAAACUGAAGGAUAACCGUCGUUCGUUCUAUGUCCUGGAUGCGCAAAGCUUGACCACCAUAAUGUCACCACUACAAAAGUCGAAUAGUUGUUCGACGAUAUUUCUCGACGACUCGACGAUUUCACAGCCAAACUUGAAAAAUACGAUAAAGUGCAUUUCAUUGGCUAUAUAUUAUCAUAUCGUAAACCGAAAAAAUCGAGCUCAUGAGCGGUUGAUGGAAAUUUUUGAAGAACGGCUUCAUCCAAUCACGAGAGAUCCGAUUCCAAUCGAAAUGGUAUCGAGAGAUCCAGAUCAUCGACAAAUCUAUCGUUUUGUCAGGACUCUUUUCCAUGCUGCUCAAUUAACAGCAGAGUGCGCAAUAAUCACUUUGGUAUAUGUGGAACGGUUGCUGAAUUACGCUGAAAUGGAUUUGUGCCCGUCAAACUGGCGGCGAGUAGUAUUAGGAGCUAUUAUGCUUGCAUCAAAAGUCUGGGAUGAUCAGGCUGUUUGGAAUGUUGAUUACUGCCAAAUUUUAAAAGAUACCAAUGUUGAUGAUAUGAAUGAACUGGAGAGGCAGUUUUUAGAAUGCCUGGAGUUCAAUAUUAAUGUUCCAAGUUCUGUUUAUGCCAAAUAUUAUUACGAAUUGAGGACACUGGCCAUGGCUAACGACUUACAAUUACCACUACAACCAUUAUAUAAAGAACGCGCGAGGAAACUAGAGGCACUCAGUCGAAUCUACGAGGACAAAAUGCAACCCGAUUUGCGAAUCACACAUCGGAAAAGCUUUUCGGCUGAAAAGUUGUUAACCAAGGAAUAUCAUACACCAGUCGUCAUAUCCUGAUUUAUUUAUUCUCUGCGAGCAUUCUUAUGUAGAAUAUUCUGCAAAAGACUUUAGAGUAGUUCCAAAUGGAAAUUUACUGAAGUGGUCAGAUCCGCUGAGUUCUGCUGUGCGCGCAGUUCUUUUUUUUUCCCCGCAUAAGAGUUGCCAGGCAAUAUUAACAGUUCGGUGUUUCACAUAUCAGCAUGUCGUAAUGGAUGAUGUAUGAUGCCUCUAUUCCUUUUCAUUGUUCUUCCAGGAAGCAACACUGCAUGGUUUCUCUAUCCUUCUAAGAAUUACUUCUUUAUAACUUUAAUGUGUACCCUGGUAAUCUGGAGUGAUUAUGUAUAGGGUAAAGACGAUAGUCAUUGCGGUGUAUAAGCGAGUUCCUAUCUCGGUACACGUUGCACAAUUGUCAUUCUACUCUAUUUAUUGAUGUGUAUUUAAUUCUUACCGUUAUUGUCUCUAUAUUUAUUCAUCAGUUUGUUUUUUCAUAUAUAAUAGGGCUCAAUUCACAGAGAGUGGUGCACAUAUUGUUGACUGUUUCUUACAGAAUCUCAUUGAUACUACAGUUAUCUGCCGGUCGAUGGUAAUGAAUUAUCUAUAUAUGUG